AUGCCGACGAAGCUUGCUGUCAUUGUUGUUGAAGAUGGACCUGCCGACGGGGAAUCGAGCAGGCGCCUCUCUGCCGCUGCUGCUACUAUUGUACUCGGUGGGUUCGAACCACCACCUCCUCUCCUCAUUUCUCUCCCUAUGAUUGCAUCACUGUUGUCGCCUGGAGGUUUCUCAACACCACUAACGCCCUUCGUCCUCCGCAUGCCACUGCGGCAGGGUGGUAGGGUUCGUGGUUUGUUAUACGUUUACAUCUUUGAGUGGGUUAUAUCGAAUGGAAGGCAUGAAGAACCACCAUGGCAUCCGACCAUGGUGGUUGGCGCAGGUAACGAAGUUGUUGCUGCAGAUGGACGCUACUGCUGCCAGUUUUCUAGUGCUACUGUCAUCACCACAGGUGGGUGUUGGGUUUAUUUUUCCUAG